AUGGCAACAAAUUUCACAGAUGACUCCUCCAAUGUUUCUGCAGCUCACACAGUUUCUGAACGCACUAUUAUGCUUAUCGAUUCCUCUCAUCCCUAUUAUCUUCAUCCAUCUGACUCACCAGGCAUGGUUCUUGUCAACUCACCUUUUGAUGGAAAGGGAUAUGGAGGAUGGCGUAGAGGCAUAGUCAUUGCACUCUCUUCCAAGAAUAAACUUAGUUUUAUCGAAGGAACUUAUUCUGUACCUCAUGCCUCUUCCACUAACUUCAAGCAGUGGAAUCGUUGCAAUGAUAUCGUUAUAUCAUGGCUUUUGAACUCUUUGUCUAAGGACAUAGCUGAAAGUGUCCUUUAUUCUAAAACUGCAAAUGACAUUUGGAGAGAGUUUGAGGUCAGAUUUGGACAAUGCAAUGGUGCUCAACUUUACCAGUUACAAAAGGAGUUGAGUGAUCUAGUGCAAGGCACCUCUGAUGUGGCAGGAUAUUAUACAAAGGUAAAAAGGAUUUGGGAUAAGUUAGAUACCUUGAAUACUUGUGUGCACUGCACCUGUGAGUGUAAUUAUGGAGGCAAGUCCAGAACUUUCAAAUCCCUUUAA